AAACAGAGUCAGUUGACGUUAAUGUCAAUUGCGGUCGGUGUCACGGUGGCACUCUUGCUGGUUCUUGUUGCGGCGAUCGUUUUCUGGAGACGCUGGAAGAAUAACAUUCCCCCCGAUGGAAACCAGCCUGUAGUUCACUACGCACGGACUGGAACCGACAGGCCCACGGUGUCUGUGAGUGCUGUCUUGAACACAGUCGUAGGACCAUCAGGCAACAGGGCUAUGGAGACUGUUCACCUCGCUGACCCCCAGGAGCAAAGUGAUGUGCCAUCUACCGGCAACCAACAACCAGCAGCCAAUUUUCAGGUGGUUCAUACGUACGAAGACCGCAGCUUCAUAAUCACACCCCCAUUGGAAGCCCAGGCCAUCCGCAUAGUACCUCCUACCCAAUACGCAGACAUCGACAACUACCUGAUAUCAUCUCCUAUCGAGACCUCGCCUCUUUUCAGAUACAACGCUCCCAGCCUGUGGGAGGAGGGGCACAGUUUGGAUGGUCUGGAGGAAGAGGGCAGGAUGGAAUGGGCUCCGCCCCGCCCCCUCCGGGGUAACCCAAUCCUUUCUCCGGUACGGGAUUGGCAGAUGUAGGUAUGUGUCACAAUUGCAUUAAAGGGUGCGCUUUAAUUUCCAAAAAAAAUUAAAUAUCAAGUUCACCACCAAGCCCAAUAAAACAUUGAUUUUUAGAUUUCUGUAAUGAUCUAUGAGCUACAUUUACUCCAUAUCACGCGUAAUCUGUAGAUACAUUUUUUUCUUCUUCAAAUAACGUUCACUGUUUUACAUUUAGUAGGCUUAUUUUACAGUGUUUGUCUGUAUAUGUGUAGUUAGCCUUUUUAUAUGAAGAAUGAAACGAAGUGUUUUUUCUACGUUAGUGUGGCAUUUGGUUUAAGUCGCAGGACAACAUAUAAUUAUAUUCAUAUAUAAAUGAAGUAAAGUGGAAAGGCUUUUUAUGUAUAAUUUUGGCUAAAACUAUAUGACAAUUUUUGUAAUGUUAAUCAAUGUAGGUGCCUGAAUUUAAAGUUCACGGUCGGUACAUUAUUUUACUGUGAGUAAUGUUAAAGUCGCUGAAUGUCUUAAUUUAAAGUAUAAACAGUUAUGACAUAGUAUUAUUGUAGGGCGAAGAUUGUUUGUUAUAAUUGUUAUAACAUAUAACCUAACCAGUAUUGGUGGUAUGUCGGUGUUUGUGGACCAUGUAAU